GCACUCUCCGUCCCAACUGCUUAACCCCGCUCUCUCGCUGUCGAAACUAUUGGUUCGCCGGUUCCCGCUUUCAACUUUCGGCCCCAUCUUGGCUCUACGACGGCCCGAUUUCCCUUCCAUGACGAUCUCCACCACUGGGAAAACGUGCUGCCCCCGAUUCAGCCGAGCACGAGUGUCCCUCCGAUACGGCCGUUCCAUCAACAUCUUCCCCGACACAGAAGAUCGAUAGACUACCUAUUCAUACAUCUCAACAUGGCUGGAAUCGCGUUGCUCGGAGCAGGCAUCUUUGCGCGGGAGGAACACCUCCCCGCCAUCGAGGCGGCCCCCACCCUGGCCCUCAAAGCCGUCUACUCGCGCUCGCAGCACUCAGCCGAGGCGCUCGCCGCCGCCUCCCGGGACCCUUCCUCAGUAGCCAUCUACUUUGACAGCCCCGCGGUCGCGGGCAAGUCCCUCGACGACCUCCUCCAGCGCGCCGACAUCGCCGCCGUCGACGUCGUGCUACCCAUCCUGCAGCAGCCGGCCGUGAUCGACAAGGCCCUGCGCGCGGGCAAGCACGUGCUCUCCGAGAAGCCGAUUGCGGGGGAUAUUGAUGGGGCGAAGCAGUUGAUUGCGUCGUAUGAGGGGCUGGGGGGUGCGGCGCCGCUGUGGGGUGUUGCUGAGAACUGGCGGUACCUGGAGUCGCUGUGCUAUGCGGCGGAGAAGGUGCGCGAGAUUGGCGGGGAGCUGGUGACUUUCAAGUUGCAGAAGUAUGGGUCGAUGAAGCCGGAUAACAAGUACUUCAACACGGCGUGGCGCAAGACUCCCGAGCAUCAGGGAGGGUUUCUCCUGGAUGGCGGUGUCCACUUCGUGGCUGGCUUGCGGUUCCUCCUUGCUGCGGCGGGCCAGGAGAUCAAGCAGCUGGUGGGGUUCAGUGGGCUGCUCGACGAGAAGCUGAUUCCCGUCGACACGGUUCACGCUGCGGCCAUCACCCAAGACCGCAAAAGCGGCACCAUUGUCAUCUCGUUCGGCACCGAGUUCAAGUCUGGCACGGAACUCGAGAUCGUGACGACCAAGGGCGUGGUUUCCUGGAACCCAGUCGAGGUUAAGACGGUGACGAGCCAGGGCGAGGAGAAGAAGGAAUUUGCUUCCAGCUCCGGCGUCACGCCAGAGGUUGCUGCCUUUGCCGAGGCCAUCACCGCCGGCAAAAUCAGCGAUCUGCAAAGCACUCAGGAGGCGCUCAAGGACCUCGAGAUUCUCCAGAGAUUGCUCGAAUCGGGUGCCGGCGAGGGUGCGGCGGUACAGGCGAUCGGACUGUAAUCACGGCGGUGAUAUCGCGGCACAGCACCUAGGCACCAGGCUGGCGGGUUGGUUUCAGCAAGCGUCAUCCCUGUGGCCUAUUGGAGAUGCAUAAUGAAUGCAAUCAAAGCGACUUUUCCACUCAA